UCAAUGUCUCUCCUUUCUCAUUCUAUUCUCUUUGAAUAGAUCAUAAGCCAAACUAAAAAAAAAAAAACAAUGAGCGAAUCAAUGAACCAUCAUCGCAUGUCUUUUACAAAGAAACUCAAAUCAACUUUUUCAAUCGCCGGGUGUUUCCGAACGACCAACCAUCCCCAAAGUCUCCCUGAACAACCACCAUCUCCGACAACUCCAAAUGAGACAUCUACACAAAGCCCCAUCAAGACCAAAUCUCCUAGACUCACUCGAACCUUGUCCAAAUCACACGAAAAAUGCAAAAAUCUGAUCCACCGGAUCGGGGAAGGCGGACACGGUAAGCACAUUAGACGCCACACGACUGAUUUUCAUUAUGAUCCGUCGAGCUAUGCGCUUAACUUUGACAGGGGAGAAGAGGAUCAAAAUGUUAAUCGUUUUCCACGUUACAAUUUCUCCUCUAGGCUGCCUCGUUCACCGCCUUCCUCCACCACGGCGACAGAAUCGUCGUUCACUAUUCAUAACCUUUUGCGGUGAUCAUUGUUUGACUCAGAUUUUUUAUUUCGUUGUGUCGUUUUUGUUCUUCCAAAAUUGUGGAUUCUUUUAUGUUUCAAGAAAGAAAAACUUUCAAGAAAGAAAAACUUACGAGAACUGAGCAAUGAUAUUG